AGGCACCCAGCGCCGGCGCCCCGCGGUGCGCGACCCGUGCGGGGACCCGCCGCCCUCUCGGCGCCGACACCCAGGCGCGCCCGCGCGCGUGCCCGUCCCCGCCUGGAAACGCCGCUGAAGAUGGCGAGUCCGGCGCCCCUGGAGCACGCCGAGGAAGGAUGCCCGGCUCUGGCUGCCGGGGAGCAGGAGCCGCCGCCGCCGCGGGCUCCCGGGGAGGAGCAGGGGGAGGAAGCGCCGGAGGAAGAGGAGGCGGCUGUGGCUGCGGAGCGGCAGGUGGAGGAGGCCGCCGCGGUGACCUGGCUGCUGGGGGAGCCCGUGCUGUGGCUGGGCUGCCGCGCCCACGAGCUCCUGAGCUGGAAAAGGCCGCUGCACACCUUGCUCGGCUUCGUCGGGGCUAAUCUGCUGUUCUGGUUCCUUGCAUUGACUCCAUGGAGAGUGUAUUACCUGGUUGCCAUGACAAUACUUGGGCGUGUUAUUAUGCAAAUCAUAAAGGAUAUGGUUCUGUCCAGAAAGAGAGGUGCACAGUUGUGGAGGAGCCUCAGUGAAAGCUGGGAAGUUAUCAAUUCCAAACCAGAUGAAAGACCCAGGCUCAGCCACUGUAUUGCAGAAUCAUGGAUGAAUUUCAGCAUAUUUCUUCAAGAAAUGUCUCUUUUCAAACAGCAGAGCCCCGGCAAGUUUUGUCUCCUGGUCUGCAGUGUGUGCACCUUUUUCAUGAUCUUGGGAAGUUACAUUCCUGGGGUUAUACUCAGCUAUCUCCUCCUACUGUGUGCCUUUUUGUGUCCCUUGUUUAAGUGUAAUGAUAUGGGACAAAAGAUGUACAGCAAAAUCAAGUCAGUUCUGCUGAAACUGGAUUUUGGAAUUGGAGAAUAUAUUAACCAGAAGAAACGUGAGAGAUCUGAAGCAGACAAAGAAAAAAGUCACAAAGAUGACAGUGAAUUAGACUUUUCAGCUCUUUGUCCUAAGAUUAGCCUGAGGGCGGCCGCCAAGGAGUUGUCCGUGUCUGACACAGAUGUGUCCGAGGUCUCCUGGACUGACAACGGGACCUUCAACCUUUCAGAAGGGUACACACCGCAGACAGACACUUCCGAUGAUCUUGACCGACCGAGCGAGGAAGUCUUCUCUCGAGGCCUUUCAGAUUUUCCAUCUCUAGAAAAUGGCAUGGGAACAAACGAUGAAGAGGAACUAAGCUUCGGCUUGCCCACGGAGCUCCAGAGAAAGAAGGAACAGUUGGGCAGCGGUCCCAGACCCAGCAGAGAGAGGCAGUCAGCAGCUGGUCUCACUCUUGCUCUGAGCAGUGACCAAACCUUUCAACUGAUGAGCAACCUGGCGGGGGAUGUCAUCACAGCGGCAGUGUCUGCCGCUAUCAAAGACCAGAUGGAGGGCGUGCAGCAAGCCCUUUCUCAGCCUGCGCCCAGCCCAGGGGAGGAUGCAGACACUGAAGAAGGGGAUGACUUUGAACUCCUCGACCAGUCAGAGCUUGAUCAGAUCGAGAGUGAAUUGGGACUUUCACAAGACCAGGAAGAAGCGCAGCAAACUAAGAAGUCUUCAGGCUUCCUUUCGAAUCUACUCGGGGGCCAUUAGUCUGGAAUCGGCUUGUACGACAGAGCACAGAUAAACUACCCAAAAAUUUCAAACAAGGAAAAAAAAAAGGAAAAUAUGUUUUUGAACUGUGAGCUUUACUGAUUACUUUAGAUUAUUUUGUCUUAUUUUCCCUUCUGCAGUGAAUUAAUUGGAUAUGUAUCAGCUGACACUGAUGGAUUGAUAUCUCUGGUAGUUAUUUUUAUGUAAUGAGCAUGGAAAUGAAAAAAUAUAUAUACAUACAUAUAUAUAUAUAUACACACACAUAUAUAUAUAUACAUGUAUAUAUACAGUUGACCCUUGAACAAACGGGUUUGAACUGUACAGGUCCACUUUUUUGUGGAUUAUUUUCAAUAAAUACUAUAAAUGUAUUUUCUCUUAUAAUUUUCUUAGACAUUUUUGUUUUUUUUAGCUUUCUUUUAAGAAUAUAGUAUAUAAUACAUAUACAGUAUGUGUUGAUCAACUGUUUAUGUUAUCAGUAAGGCUUCUGAUCAAUGGUAGGCUAUUAGUAGUUAAGUUUUGGGGGGAGACAAAGAUAUAUGUGGAGUUUUGACUAUGCCCCUGACCCCCGCAUUGUUCAAGGGUCAAUUGUGUGUGUAUAUAUACACACAUGCAAACAUAUACAUACAUCUAUAAACAUAUACAUACAUAUUAUGCUUUCAGAGAUGACUAUUAGGGGGUGUUUUUAAAGCAAAACGAAAGCACCAAAUUAUUGACAUCCUUCCAUAAAACUACUCCUUAUGUUUUCUUCACAAUUACUUUUUCAAGCAUGCAAAAACAGUUUAUUGUAACGCACUGAAAUAUUAAUAAUUAAUCGUGAAUACAUGCUGUAUCAGCUCCUUUGUUCCUAAUACUUAGAAACAGAUAAACCUUUUUGAUAUUUUGUUGUAAAAAGACAAAAAAUAUCAGACAGGGCAUUUUUAGUUGAAGGACUUGGGAAAGAAUAUCAAAAUUAAUUUCCUAGGAAAAAUUCUUAAAAUGUAUUCAACUCCUUGGGAUAAGCUGGUACAUUUCCAUGUUAUUUCGGUAGUUGUAGACUUAGGCUUCCUUCUCCAUGACGUGCUGUAUACACUGCCAGCUGUGGUCCUGCCGUGGGUGAUAGUAACCCAUCAAGAGCAGUUAAUUAUGUAUCACGUAGACAGUGGUUUUGAUGUAAACAGAUUGGGCUAUGUUUUUGUGGUUAAAUUGUUUAGCAUUUGUAAUAGGGUUCUUGUGAGUGCAGAUCUGUUCUGUCUGCUCAGAUGUAGGUUAAGCCCUCGUGUUUGAUAUAGUGUCAUGGAAAAUGUCUCUUAAAAUCCUGAAACUAGUUCCCAGCCUGUUCUGUGAGUGAUGUGGUCAGCAGCAGUAGAGCAGCAAUAACUGCUUUUGUAGUUUGUCUAGGCUCUCCUACAGGAGAAAAAUUAGCUUGGCUUUAAGGUGUAUUUAUUUACUAUUGAAGUCUAAAUAUUUAAUCUAUUUCUCAUUGGGAAGCUAGAAUAUAUUUUUCCAUUCUUUUUAGAUCACCUUUAAAUAACCAGAUUUGACUUCGGUUUUUUAACAAAGGACUAAAGAGCAGAAAUCGAGCUAAUUUUGUUUUUGUGAUCCAACUUUUACUGAUGUCGAGGGACCAUGCCAGCAAUAGCAACCAACAAUCUCUUCAAUCUUCAGGUUCAGCUGGCAUUUCUACAGAUGCCUACAGACAUCUGAGACCCUCAGAAAGGAAGGAUAAUCCAAGAAUCUAGGAAAUCUGUGGUCCCCUCUGUUUGUUUUAUCCCUUUCCUUAUAUUUCUAAAGACUACUUGUAGGUAAUCUGACAUUUUAUUGUAGCGUAUCUUAUUUAUUUUUUCUUUCUGAGGUAUUAAAAUAUCUAGACUGAAUUUUGCCAAAUGUUAAAGGGGGAGAGGUUACUGAAGACUUUGAACACCUGCUUUUCGUGAUUGACUGUGCUAUGUCAUUGGUGCCUCAUGACUGUGUUUGAUGUCCUUUACUGACACAAAGUGAGCCUGUGCCUUCAUUAUCUUGCCCAUUUUGGAACAAAUGAAAACUUGGUGUUAGAUCUAUGAACUGUGUGCUUUUGGGAAGAACAUACCUGAAUUCUAUCCAAUAAGUUUCUGGACAUGAAGAAAAAUACAGUCACAUAUUUAUAAAAUAGUUGUGACCAGG